UGGAUCUGGGUGGUUCUCCAAAUUACAAGGAUCGGCGAGGUCUGACUCCCCUCUACCACACUGCCAUGGUAGGAGGGGAUCCAAGGUGUUGCGAGUUACUGCUGUACAACCGUGCAUACAUUGGCACCUUGGAUGAAAAUGGCUGGCAAGAAAUCCAUCAGGCCUGUCAGCAUGGCCACUCACAGCACCUAGAGCAUCUCCUUUUCUACGGCGCUGAUCCCGCUUCUCAAAAUGCUUCAGGGAAUACAGCCCUCCAUAUCUGUGCCCUGUACAAUAAGGAAAGUUGUGCUCGAGUUUUGCUGUAUCGUGGAUCAAGCAAAGACAUCAAGAAUCACGGUGGGCAGACCCCAUUCCAGGUAGCCGUCAUUUCAGGAAAUUUUGAAUUGGGGGAGUUAAUUAAGAGCCACAGGGACACUGAUGUUGUACCCUUUCAAGAAUCUCCUUCCUAUGCCGUCCAUCGCAGAGAAAGUGGAAAAGCUCUCUCCGUUCCCCAUGUUCUUCUACGUGCCAAUAGUGACAAUAGCCUCUCACUGCCUGACUGGAUGGUCUUCUCUGCAUCCACUGCCAACACUGUUACUCUGCAGGGACAAAAAUCCUCAGGGGGAACUCUACGAAGCGCCAGUAGUCCACGAGGGGCUCGAAGUCGAUCACCUUCAAGAGGACGCCACACGGAAGAGUCGAAGAAACAGCCACGUGGACGCCCCAGUUCCAGUGGUUCUACUAAAGAGCCCCCUGCUGGUGGGACUGUGAAUCACCGCAUGAAAAAGAAGCUCUAUUCAGCUGUGCCAGGACGAACAUUUGUGGUCAUAAAGCCGUACCAGGCCCAGGGGGAAGGAGAAAUAUCUCUCAGCAAAGGAGAAAAAGUCAAAGUUCUCAGUGUGGGAGAAGGAGGAUUCUGGGAAGGAAGUGCCAGAGGUCGCAAUGGUUGGUUCCCUUCAGACUGCGUGGAGGAAAUUCCCACAAAACCCCAGGAAGGAAAACAAGAGAGCCGGAGUGACAAAGCCAAGCGCUUGUUUAGACACUACACGGUUGGAUCCUAUGACAGCUUUGAUGCUCCUAGGUAAGAGAUUCCCGCUCUUUCUUUAUGCUGGGUUCCAUCUGUCUACAGACAUCGUAGCAGUGUGCUGCGUCUUCAAGGACAUUUGCAGGUGUGAUUAUGGCAUGGACUGGCAUGGACUGGUGCCAGGCACUUCACGGUGGUCAGUGGAAAACGAGAGGAACGUGCAAAAACAGAACUUGUGGGAAUAUGAUUUCUUUCCUCUCAAAUUAAAUGGGUUCUAUGUUAAAAUGAAGACUUAAAGCUAUUGUGAUAGACUUGUUGAGAUAGACAAAUAAGAGUAAUAGUAGGGUUUUAGGGCCAGAUUCACGUAGCCCGGG